AUGCAACAUUCAUUGAGCCUGCAACAGAAUUCAAUCAAAAUGAGUGCUGCAUCUUCUCAAAAAGUGGUCCUGAAGAGCACCACCAAAGUGUCCCUGAACGAGCGCUUCACUAACAUGCUGAAGAACAAGCAGCCCACCGCGGUUAGCAUUCGAGCCACCAUGCAACAGCAGCAUAUGGCCAGUGCACGCAACCGCCGGCUGGCCCAGCAGAUGGAGAAUCGACCGUCGGUGCAAGCUGCUCUGAGUCACAAACAGAGCCUGAAGCAACGACUGGGAAAGAGCAACAUCCAAGCCAGGUUGGGUCGUCCGAUCGGCAUGGGGAUGCGCGGCGGGGCCUUCGGUGGCCGAGGAGGCAUGCGCGGGAUGAGCAGAGGACUUCGAGGAAGAGGCAGAGGAGCAAUGAUGAGAGGUGCUCUUUCCCUGAGAGGAAAGCGAAUGGCUCCGGGUUUCCCUAUGCGCGGCCGUGGCUUUGCCGGUCGUAUGGCCAUGCGUAGAGGCGGCCGCCAACGUGGGGGGAUUCCCGGACGAGGGGGAGCUAUGGGGAGAGGAGGACCCCGUGGAGGAGCCAGAGGGCGCGGCGGUCUCCGCGGUCGUGGCGGAUUUGCCGGCAGACGCGGCCGCGGCAGAGGCGUCGGCCGACCUGCAGUGACCCGCGAGCAACUGGACAACCAGCUAGAUGCCUACAUGUCAAAGACCAAAGGCCAUCUAGAUGCCGAAUUGGAUGCCUACAUGGCCCAGGCGGACCCGGAGAGCAUGGAGUGA